AAUGCCAAAUACAAAACAACUCAAGAUAGAGUUUUAGGCAUGUGAUGUAAUUCAGACCUCGUUCUUUCUUUGUUGUUAUGUGCUAAAUUACUUUCAUGAAUUUAAGGGAGAGAGCACGUUUCUAAACAAGAAGGCAAUUUGCGUGGUCCUCCACCAGAUGUCCCUACCGUAAGCCCUGCAGAGCACAUUUAUUUACACGCCAAGCAGUUCUCUUCCCAGCUGAGAAAGGACCAGUGAGCAGUGCCAAGUGUGGUGGUAUCUGAGGUGCCAGUUGCACUGGGGAGACAGACAGGGAGUGAGGGCAGAAGAGGAAGGAAUGGAGUAGGCUCUCCUGCAUGCAGAGGGUGCCACCAUCUCACCCACCUGAUCCUAUUCACUUGAGCUGUAUUUGCUACCUGAUUUUUUUUUGACAGUGGGAAAAAGAAAUCAGAAUGGCUGGAUAAAUAACAUAGUUAGAAAGGGCUUUUAUUCCUUAACAGGGUGAUGCUGUUGCUGAGGUUUAUCUAGGUUGAAGGAACCUGCAGAACCGGUAUCUUUAUAGAAACUCUGGUCCGUCUGUAAUACAAGGAACAGGACAGGCACAUUAGGGCUUUUAAAACGACAUCUAAAAGGCAAAUGAAGCAGCCCUGAGGAAGAAGCAGCUGUGGAUAUGAACAGCGUGAAGCAACAGGAGUGAGUGUUGCAUACCUUCAUGCACCCACUCUAUGCUGUAUCUGUAAUAAAACUGUCACAGAGGCAGACAUGGGCUCUGCCACACUUGCACGUGCAAAGCUUUUGAACUGGUUGCUCUUGCUGUUGAGUCUGGUAUGCUGUUCUGCUGCGGCUUAUGUGGAUGAGCCCAACCCGAGCAACAGUUUCUUGCCUCACUAUGAACCUGAUCAGGCUGUUGGCUCUUCACAAGAUACAAGGCUACAUGUUUUCACAGUGGACUAUGGCUAUGUGCAAAUUCCCUAUGAAGUUACUCUUUGGAUCCUCCUUGCCUCUCUUGCAAAAAUAGGUUUCCACCUCUAUCACCGAUUACCCAGACUCAUGCCUGAAAGCUGCAUCCUGAUUGUCAUUGGAGCACUAGUAGGAGCGAUCAUUUUUGCUUCAGAUCACAAAUCUCCACCGGUGAUGGACUCAAGUAUUUACUUUUUGUAUCUCCUUCCACCCAUUAUCCUAGAAGAGGGUUAUUUCAUGCCAACUCGCCCAUUUUUUGAAAACUUUGGGUCCAUCCUGUGGUGGUCUUUGCUGGGAUCUCUGCUAAACUCAUUUGGAAUUGGCUUCUCCCUCUAUGCGAUCUGCCAAAUAGAAGCCUUUGGCCUGACUGACCUGGACCUGCUGCAGAACCUGCUCUUUGGCAGCAUGAUUUCAGCUGUGGAUCCUGUGGCAGCUCUGGUAGUUUUCGAAGAAGCCUCUGUUAAUGAGCAGCUCUACAUGAUGAUCUUUGGAGAAUCAUUGCUAAAUGAUGGAAUCACUGUGGUUUUAUAUAACAUCUUCAUUGCCUUCACCCAGAUGCACAGGUAUGAAGAAAUAGAAUCCAUCGAUGUCUUUGCUGGCUUCGCUCGUUUCUUCGUGGUGGGGCUAGGUGGCAUGUUGUUUGGCAUUGUCUUUGGAUUUGUUUCGGCGUUCAUGACUCGAUUCACCCAUAACGUUUCUGCUAUUGAACCCCUGCUGGUCUUCAUGUUCAGCUACCUGGCAUACUUGUCUGCUGAAACCCUUUACAUCUCAGGCAUUUUGGCGAUGACAUCAUGUGCAGUGACAAUGAAAAAAUACGUGGAGGAGAACGUUUCCCAGAAUUCCUAUACUACAAUAAAAUAUUUCAUGAAGAUGCUGAGCAGUGUCAGCGAGACCCUGAUUUUUGUAUUCAUGGGAGUGUCUACAGUGGGGAAAAACCAUGAGUGGAACUGGGCCUUCAUUUGCUUCACCCUGCUCUUCUGCCUCAUUUGGCGGACACUGAGUGUAUUUGCUCUCUUCUACAUCAGCAACAAGUUCCGAACAUAUCCCUUCACUUUCAAAGACCAACUCAUUAUUUCCUACAGUGGCCUUCGAGGAGCCAGCAGCUUCUCUCUUGCAUUCUUACUUCCAGUGAAUCUCUUCCCAAGAAAAAAAUUGUUCAUUACCGCUACUCUUGUAGUUAUAUAUUUCACUGUGUUCAUCCAAGGAGUCACAAUUGGACCAUUGGUCAGGUAUCUAGAUGUGAAAAAGACCAACAAAAAGGAGUCUAUCAAUGAAGAGAUUCAUGUGCGAUUGAUGGAUCAUUUGAAGGCUGGUAUUGAAGACAUAUGUGGACACUGGAGUCAUUAUCAGCUGAGAGAUAAAUUUAAGAAGAUUGAUAAUAAGUAUUUGAAGAAAAUCUUAAUUCGGGAACACCAGCCCAAAUCCAGCAUUGUGUCGUUGUACAAAAAGAUGGAGAUAAAACUGGCCAUUGAGAUGGCUGAGAGUAGCAUGAAACUUUCAGAAACACCUGCAGCUUCUUCACAGAACGGUAGAAAUCGCCGUGUGCAUAGGCUCUCCCACGCAGAGAUGAAGUCCAUGAGAGACGUCUUGGCACAUAACCUAUACCAAGUGCGACAAAGGGCACCAGCAUACAAUCGACACAACCUGCCUACCAGUGCAAACGAGAAACAAGCCCAAGAAAUCCUCAUCCGUCGGCAGCACAGCCUGAGGCAGAGUUGCAGGAAAGGAAACAGCUUACCUUGGGGUAGACCGGUUAACACCACAGAAGUACGCUACCUCUCCUUGCCUCAGGGCCCCAGACAGCGCACAAGACAAAAAGCCAGGCAUGUUACUUUUACAGAUCACCACAGAAGUGGCUCUGAUGCUGCAUUCCCAGUAAUGUCCAGACCCCAGCCCCGACUACGACCACUUGAAGCAAAGCACCACCAGGAAGAGCUGAUUCCAAUGGCACACUUGGAUAGACGAGCACGCCCAUCCAAUCCAUCAGGUCGAAGAGGAAAUUCAAUCAGGCAGCAUCGUUUCACCAGAGCAGAAAAUCUAGCUCUAAUGCCAAAGUCUCAGUUCACUGUGGGAGAAGUAAAGGGAUAUGAGUCAGAAGAAGAGACAGUUAAAAUGGCACCAGCCAAGCCAUUAGACAUAUGAGGAGCACAGAAGAGCAAUGUUUGCAUCUCUAGGGCCCUCUGUGCACUGCUCCAGAGAAAAUAACAAAGCUCUUAUAUGAACCAAACCACAAUUUUCCUUCUGGGACUACUGCACUUGUUCUCAUAUCACUUUCAAAUGCUGUAUCAAGGUACUUAGUGGCUCAGAGAAGACUCAAAUUCUUACAUGUUUCUGCCAAGCUUUCUUUCCAACAAAACACUGCAGGAAAGAGGAACGUGACCUUUGUAGGGGUUUGGACAGGGAUUUAAAUGACGAUAGUUGGGCACAUGCGAUGCUAUAGGUGGAAGCUAAUGUUGCCUUUCUCUGUUCUGCACUAUGGCCUGCAUCCAGAAGAAAGAAACACUGAAGGACAUACUUGGCACAUGAGUUCCAAGAUUGGUAACUUCAACUUGCUUAAAGCUUUUGACCUCAGAGUAGCUGAGAUUUUCCAGGAAAAAGUUAAAAAACAGAAAUGCAUUUCUAGGCACCUAAAUGUCAUGGAAGAUGUCUAAAGAAAUACUUGAGUAAAAAGGAUUUCUAGUGAACAUUUUCAGCACCACCAGAGGAAAAAAAUAAAACACUUUUUUCCC